AUGGAAGGUAAUCCCACGAUUGCUGAUGAGCUGGGUCAAGCUGUCUCCGAGCUUACUUUCAACUCGGAGUCGGACUUGAAGAAGAAUGUCGAAUAUCCGGAUGAGUCUCAAGUCAAGAGCGUCGAUCACGAAGCCGUCAAUUCGCAAGAGCCGCUGACCGAAUUCCAAAAGUUUCCGGACCUCCCCAUCGAGUUGCGACUUCGAAUUUGGGACUACGCCUCUGAACAACCCCGGAUUAUCGAACUGCAAUCUGGAACUCGUACCCUCAACCACGCAGACGAGAUCAAUCGCCUUCCUCCACAAUCCUGGGUAAAGGUCUCUGUUCAUGGACGACAAACUCCGGCUAUCCUUCAUGUCUCCAGAGAAGCUCGCGAGGAGGGCCUCAAGCACUAUACCUUGACGAAUCUAGAGUCAAGAGAUUAUCCCGCAGUUGAGCGACCAUGCUACUACAAUUCGAGACUUGACACCAUCUACUUUGGCCCCUUGUGCAAUGCUGCUAGUAUCCAACAAACACUCAACAAGAAGAUUGCUAUGCCCCGCAUUGCUGUGGACGUCAGAGUCGGAACUUCAUAUCGGGUCAUGGCCGCUUUGCAACUUAUGCACUCCCACGUACGAGGUUCUUUGGAGGAGAUAGUAUUCGUUGUCCCUAGCUUCAUUUGGCUCAAGGAGUGCAAUUUCCCUCCCAAUGUUUGCUUCGCCUCUACCAAGAGCACUGGCUUCGAUCCCAGACACCGCAGAGUUUGUCGUUACCUGCGCAAGCGUGUUCAACAAGUCGUUGCGAGAGAGAGUGAACCCUUCUACUUGGCGAAGAACAACUGGUCGGAGGAACUCAUGCCCGCUUUCGAGUUCAAGUGUUUGACACCGAUUCCCGAUCCUGGCAAGGUCUACAACAAUUUGAUUAUUCAUGAGGAAGAACUGCUUAACCAGGACGACUGGUGCGUUGUUCGGGAGAUUGAGUGGAAGACCGGUUGCAUGAUUAAGCGAGCACCCCACGACGUUAACGCCUAUGAGGAGAGUUGGGGAGAUGCGGGCUACGAACUUGGCUUCUACGGGACCUUUGCUGCAGUUGAAGAGGCCAUGCGACUGGUCAAGGAAAUUGCCGACGAGAGGGAGCGCCUUGAGGCUAUUGAGAGAAAGGAGAGAGAAGAGAGAGAGCGGGAAGCAUUGAGAGGAGCUAGCGGCACAUAUUGGUGGUGA